AUGCCGCGGCCCUGCAGCAGCAGCAGCAGCAGCAGCAGCAGCAGCAGCAGCAGCGGCAGCAGCAGCAGCGGCGGGGGCGGUGGGGGCAGCGGCAGCAGUGCGGCGGAGCUGAAGGGCUUGGGGGAGGCCGACGGCUGGGGCCCCCCGCGGAAGCCCUUGAAGGCAGCAAAGAGCGAGAUGAAGCUAAAACCUCUUUUUAGGCUGUCUGUACACCCUAAAUCCAAACGCACGAAGACACAGAGGCCUAUAGGAAGUGCAGCAGCAGCCACAAGAGCAGCAGCAACAGCAGCAGCAAAGUCUGCAGCAGCAGCAACAAGAGCAGCAGCAGCAGCAAAGUCUGCAGCAGCAGCAAGAUUCGCAACAACAGCAGCAAGAGCUGCAGCAGCACAGAAGCUGCUGCAGCGAAGAGGGCUCGGGGGUUCGUUACAGCUGAGCAGCAGCAGCAGGCCGCAGCUGCUCCUACUCCCAGCAGCAGCAGCAGCAGCAGCAGCAUCUGUAGCUGAAGCAGCAGCGAUCUCUGCAACAGCAGCAGAAGUAGCAAUCUUCGUAGCAGCAGCAGCAGCAGCAAACUCCGCAGCAGCAGCAGCAUCUGUAGCUGAAGCAGCAGCGAUCUCUGCAACAGCAGCAGAAGUAGCAAUCUUCGUAGCAGCAGCAGCAGCAAACUCCGCAGCAGCAGCAGCAUCUGUAGCUGAAGCAGCAGCGGUCUCUGCAACAGCAGCAGUAACAGCAGAAGUAGCAAUCUUCGUAGCAGCAGCAGCAGCAAACUCCGCAGCAGCAGCAGCGAGAAACUAG